AGAUAUAGCUAAAACUUGUGCCGAACGUCGUCUCAAAAAACGAAUCGCACACGCCGUGCACAGACGACGGGCCACAAAUAAGCAAAUUAUUUAGCUGACAAUCGUCGAAAGGGACACUAAGGAUUACCCAGCCGACGAUUGUCCGUUAAACUUUGCGAGCGGCUAGCUAACGCGAGAAAAAAAAACAAAAAAUUAAAAAAAAAAAAAAAAAAAAAUUGUGAAAAAAAAGAAAAACGAACAAGUGCAAAAGAUUCUUAAGUGUGACAACAUUUUGCAUUUAAACGAGCGCAUAUAUUGUGGUUAUAUAUAUGCGAUAAAUACGAGCAUAAGUGAUUUUUUUGAAUACAUUUUUCCGAAUUAUCAAUAAUAAUAACGGGAUAAAUACGAAAGCCAAAUAAAGGAGGAAUUUAUGACGUGGCUACAGUGCUAAUCAAACUGGGAAAACUCAAGGAUAAUUUGUUGAUUUUAUGAUUAUGGGGCGGCUAACAAUUUGGUUCCUGCUGGGACUUACGUUAAUCGCCGUUACCAACAAUGUUGGGUUUGCCAAUGCGGAUGUCGGACCGAGCGAAUCAGAAUGUCGACCCUACAUUGAAAAGGCUAUACAUGAACUGAAAACAGAUGGUGUCAGAGAUGGUUCCGGAGAACUGCAAUCCGAUCAGCCUAGUAGGGAUGAUGAUGACGAUGAUGAUGAGGACGCGAAAGGCGUCAACGACCUUGACGGCGAUGGCAUACCAGAUGAUCAGGACGACGACAUAGACGGCGAUGGCAUACCGAAUGAUGAGGACGAUGAUAUCGACGGCGAUGGCAUACCCAAUGACAAGGAUGACGACAUCGAUGGCGAUGGCAUACUCAAUGAGGAUGAUGACGACAUCGAUGGCGAUGGCAUACCCAAUGAUGAGGACGAUGACAUCGAUGGCGAUGGCAUUCCCAAUGAGAAGGACGAUGACAUCGACGGAGACGGCAUACCCAACGACGAGGACGAUGACAUCGAUGGCGAUGGCAUACCCAAUGAUGAGGACGACGACAUCGAUGGCGAUGGCGUACCCAAUGACGAGGACUCUGACAUCGACGGCGAUGGCAUUCCCAAUGAGAAGGACAACGACAUCGACGGCGAUGGAAUACCGAAUCAGGAGGACAACGACUUGGAUGGCGACGGUUUGCCAAACGAGAAAGACGAGGAUUUGGAUGGCGAUGGAUUGGUGAAUCACGAGGACGAGGAUAUCGAUGGGGAUGGUACUUUGAAUCACGAGGACAACGACUUGGAUGGCGAUGGCUUGCCAAAUGACAAGGAUGAAGAUCUGGAUGGCGAUGGCAAAGUGAACCAUGAGGACGAAGAUAUCGAUGGAGAUGGUACCCUCAAUCAUGAGGACAGCGACAUAGAUGGCGAUGGCGUUCACAACGAUGAGGAUCACGACGUCGAUGGCGAUGGCCUGUCCAAUUCCGAGGAGCCCCAGAGCAUGGAUAUCGAUGGGGAUGGUGUGCCAAAUAGCUUGGACGAUGACAUUGAUGGCGACAACAAGGUAAACGAAAAGGACGAGGACAUGGACGGCGAUGGUAUCUUGAAUGUGCACGACAAUGACAUGGAUGGCGAUGGCAUUCCCAAUGUUCACGACGACAGCCAUGAGCUCGCCGACGAUGACGAUGAUGACGAGGAGGAGGAGGAGGUGAAAAAACGCAGCAAGCGUGAGGUUGAUGCUGCCCCAGUUGUAGAGAUUGAGUCACCGCCAAGUCCUGCUGAGGAGUUCCCAGCUGAAGAGGAGGCUUCCAAGGAGGAGGAGCUAGCUGCAGAGGCAGAGCCCGAAGCGGAAGAGGAGCCGGCAGAGGAGAAGGAAGAAGAGCCAGAGCCAGCUGUGUCCGCGGAACAGGUUCCUGUAGAGGAAGAGCCAGAAGCUGCGGCAUCCGAGGAAGCCAAAGAAGCGGAUGAGCCCCAGGCAGAGGAAACAGCAAUCGCUGCAGAUGAAGACGAUGACGACACCAAGCCAGAAGACGAACUGCUCUGGGAAGGCGUAAUCCCACAGAACCGUCGCAGCCGGCAGCAUAUCACGGAGCUCCUGCUGCUGGACGAGGAGUUCAAUGCACGGGAGAAGGCCACCGACAAUGUGGCCGAGAUUAUCCUGCGCGACAUCAAGAAGAUCUAUGAGAACGCCGUCAAGCCUUUGGAGACCUUGUACAAGUAUCGAGACUUGAGCAAUCGCCACUUUAGUGAUCCGGAGAUCUUCUCCAAGCCAUUGAUACUGUUCAUGGGUCCCUGGUCCGGCGGCAAGUCGUCCAUUCUCAACUAUUUGACCGACAACGAAUAUACGCCCAACUCGCUGAGAACCGGCGCCGAACCCUCGCCGGCUUACUUUAAUAUUUUGAUGUGGGGCAAUGAGACGGAGGUCUUGGAUGGCACCCAACUGGCCGCCGACUAUACCUUUUCGGGUCUGCAGAAAUUCGGUCAGGGUCUGGAGGAGCGUCUGCGCGGCCUAAAGCUGAAGAACAAGCUGCUCGAAAAGGUCAACAUCGUCGAGAUACCCGGCAUACUCGAGGUACGCAAGCAGGUGUCGCGCGUCUUCCCCUUCAAUGAUGCCUGCCAGUGGUUUAUCGAUCGCGCCGACAUCAUCUUUCUGGUCUACGACCCAGCCAAGUUGGAUGUUGGCCCCGAAACGGAGGCCAUACUCGAUCAGCUGAAGGGGCGCGAGUAUCAGACGCGCAUCAUACUAAACAAGGCGGACACCGUCAAGCCCGAAGAACUGCUGCGCGUACAGGGCGCACUCAUUUGGAACAUCUCGCCGCUGAUGUCGUCCGCCCAGCCGCCACUCAUGUACACCACAUCGCUGUGGACGAAUCCGUACCAGGAGGGAGCACCGGCCCGCCUGCUGCUGGCACAGGAGCGCGCCUUCCUGCGCGAUCUGCGCACUGCGAUCGAUAAGCGUAUUGAACACAAGAUAGCCAGCGCUCGUCGGUUUGCCGUGCGCGUGCGUAAUCAUGCCAAGAUGGUGGACUGCUAUUUGAACACUUACUACAAUCACAAGACUCUGUUUGGCAACAAGAAGCGCAUCUCGGAUGAUAUUAUUGAUCAUCCGCAGAACUAUCAUAUCUAUGAGGGUUUGUCCACGCUGACAAAUAUCUCGCGCUACGACUUGCCCGAUCCGGAGGUUUACCGCGACUUUUUCCGUCUAAAUCCGCUGUACGAGUUCAAGAAGCUCUCGGAGACAUGCACCUAUUUCCGGGGCUGUCCCAUAACCAAGCUGGAUCUGGCCAUUGCCUACGAGCUGCCCGAAUUGGCGGGCAAAUACAAGAAAAUGUCGGAAGCCGCAUUGGCCAGCAUUGAGGCACAGGCGCUAAAGGCCGGGGCGGCGGCGGCGGCAGAGGCGGAGGCGAGCCACGUGCAGGCCGAGCCGAAAAAGACGAGUUGAGGUAUUGGCUCCGUCGAGGAGUAAACCUGCCAUUUAGUUUGUUUUAAUGAGAGUUAGAGAGAAUGUGACAUCGGCAACGGUAACUGUCUAAGAGACAAUUAACUGCAUCAGCAAUGGAGAGUGAGAGCGUAAGAGAGAGAGAGAGACACACAAAAUAAUGCGAGCGUGAGCGAGAGAGAAAAACAAUUGAGAGCAAUAUAUUGUUAACGUACUUGUCAUCCAUUGACGCACACACACACAAAGCAUUGACGAACAAGAAGAACAACAACAACAGCGUAAGACAAAAGAGAG